AUGAGCGGCCACCAACCCAUUAAUAACAGCAAUAACAACAAUAGCAAUAACAACAAUAGCUUGAAUUUAUUUGGCGCAGGCUUUGGCGGCAACAACAACGGCAUGGACACGUCGAAUGGCAUGAAUCUCUUCAACAACUUUAAUGAUCUCAGCAGUUUUGGCGUCGACCUCAAUGCGCUUGAGAUGGCUGGCGGCGGAGGUGGCGGCAGCCACGGACCAUCAUCUGGCAAUGAUUUGUCUAGCAUACAGCUGAUGAGCCUGAACGCGGCUGGAGCCAAUGGAGGAAAUAUUGGUGUGAACAGCACACCGAUGAUGAUGAUGGCUGCGUUGAACAACGCAUCUGUACAACAGCAGAACCAACAGCAGCAUAAUCAGCAGCAGCAGCAGCAGAAGGCCAAAUCGAGGGCUAGCUCGCAGUCGUCUGAUGAUAUGGGCGACAUACCUUUGGCACAAUUAGCCCUGGCACAAGCGCCGGUCCAGGGGCAGAAUGACAAUGCCAGCAGCAGCAACAGCAAUGGUAGGAGGCGCAACUGCCCGCCCAGUCACUGCGACACCAACACAUGGAGCCAUACAGGCCCAAGCGUGUCGAGGACAGCCAACCAAUUGCCCUUAUCCAAUACUGCUGUUACACCAACCAGCAGCAUCAAUAUCACAGCAGCAAGCAGCAGCGCCGCCCGCUGUGUCAUCGAGUCCGGGUCAUCAGGCGUGCACUCGACACACGGCAUCUGCGCAAUACGCAUAAUGGGCGGCGGCGUUAAUGGAAGUGAGGAGUCCAGCGGCAGUGGUGAUGAUGUGAUUGCAUUGAAGCCGACGGUUAAAGAGUUUAUGGUGGGCGUGGCAGAGGUUCAGGCUGGGUUAAGGUGGCAGCAUGCGCAGCUGGUCAGUGAUGUUGCUGGGGUGGAGCGUGAUCUAGUGCUGUGGGAAGAUGUUGCGAGGCUGUUGGCGGACGCUGUUGACGAGGGGCUGGCUAUUUCGGCGGCAGCGACAACAGAAUCAUCGGCUUGA